GGUGGGCCGGUGGGGGAGCCUGCGCUCCGGGACGAGCCUCCCUCGGGUCCCGCCCCCGUCACGUGGGCUCCGGACCCGACCGCUGCCGGUCGAUCCGCUGGUUGGUCGGUUAGUUGGUCGGUGGGGUCAGUGGCCUGCGGCUCGGUUCUCGGCUCUCAUGUUCGGAGGUGGGAGGGACACGGGAAAGGCCCGCACACCUGAGCUGCCCGGAGAGGAGCCCCGCACCCAGUAGGAGAAGGAGGAGGCUAAGCAGGAAGAGGACUCAUGGCUUCUGAUGCGAGUCACGCGCUGGAAGCUGCCCUGGAGCAGAUGGACGGGAUCAUUGCAGGCACUAAAACAGGGGCAGAUAUUAGCGAUGGUACCUGUGAGCCUGGACUGGCCUCCCCGGCCUCCUACAUGAACCCCUUCCCGGUGCUCCAUCUCGUCGAGGACUUGAGACUGGCCCUGGAGAUGCUGGAGCAUUCUCAGGAGAGAGCAGCCCUCCUGAGCCAGAUCCCGGGCCCCACAGCUGCCUACAUAAAGGAGUGGUUCGAGGAGAGCUUGUCCCAGGUAAAUCACCACGGUGCUGCUAGUAAUGAAACGUACCAGGAACGCUUAGCACGACUAGAAGGAGAUAAGGAGUCCCUCAUAUUACAGGUGAGCGUCCUCACAGACCAAGUGGAAGCCCAAGGAGAGAAGAUUCGGGACCUGGAAGUGUGUCUGGAAGGACACCAGGUGAAACUCAAUGCUGCUGAAGAGAUGCUUCAGCAGGAGCUGCUAAGCCGUACAUCUCUUGAGACCCAGAAGCUCAAUCUGAUGACGGAAGUGUCUGAGCUGAAGCUCAAGCUGGUGGGCAUGGAGAAGGAGCAGAGAGAGCAGGAGGAGAAGCAGAAAAAAGCAGAGGAGUUACUGCAGGAGCUCCGGCACCUCAAAAUCAAGGUGGAAGAGUUGGAAAAUGAACGGAAUCAGUAUGAAUGGAAACUGAAGGCCACCAAGGCUGAGGUCGCCCAGCUGCAAGAGCAGGUGGCCCUGAAGGACGCAGAAAUUGAGCGUCUGCACAGUCAGCUCUCGCGGACGGCAGCACUGCACAGUGACCAUGCAGAGAAAGACCAAGAAAUUCAACGUCUGAAAAUGGGGAUGGAAACUUUGCUUGUUGCCAAUGAAGAUAAGGACCGUCGAAUAGAGGAGCUUACUGGGCUGUUAAACCAGUACCGAAGGAUGCAGGAGAUCGUGAUGGCGACUCAAGGGCCUUCAGAAAGAACUCUCUCAAUCAAUGAGGAAGAACUGGAGGGAGGUUUCAGAAACUGGAACACUGCAAAUAAAGGCCCUGAAGAACUGUUUAAACCAGAGGUGUCUCCAAGAGGUAGCUCUCCCACGGUGGGACCACCCCCGCUACCGCAGAAAUCACUGGAAACCAGGGCUCAGAAAAAACUCUCCUGUAGUCUCGAGGACCUGAGAAGUGAAUCUGUGGAUAAGUGUGUCGGUGGGAACCAGCUCUCCCCAGCGGUAGAACCCAAGGACGGCCCUUUCCUGGCGGAGCACAAGUACCCCACGUUACCUGGGAAGCUUUCAGGACCCACGCCCAACGGAGAGGCUGCCAAAACUCCUCCCACCAACUCCCCGCCUGACGCUGCAGGGAGCGGCCUGCUGAGGCUGAACCGUGGCCGGAGUGUCAGUGCCCCCGUAUUAGGAGACACAGAAAGUGGCUGGGACGACAAGGCGGUGGCCAAUGACCUCUCAUCCACGUCCUCGGGCACCGAGUCCAGCCCCCAGUCUCCCCUGUCACCAGACAGUAAACGGAGCCCCAAAGGCAUCAAGAAAUUCUGGGGAAAAAUCCGAAGGACUCAGUCAGGAAACUUCAACACUGAUGCCCCGGGGGUGGCCGAGUUUCGGCGAGGUGGGCUCCGGGCAACUGCAGGGCCAAGACUCUCUAGGACCAGAGACCCCAAGGGUCAGAAGAGUGACGCCAACGCCCCCUUCGCCCAGUGGAGCACAGAGCGUGUGUGUGCAUGGCUGGAGGACUUCGGCCUGGCUCAGUAUGUGAUCUUUGCCAGGCAGUGGGUGACUUCUGGCCACACUUUACUGACAGCUACCCCUCAGGACAUGGAAAAGGAGCUGGGAAUUAAGCACCCUCUUCAUAGGAAAAAGCUGGUUUUAGCAGUGAAAGCCAUCAACACCAAGCAGGAGGAGAAAUCUGCACUGCUAGACCACAUUUGGGUGACACGCUGGCUUGAUGAUAUUGGCUUACCCCAGUACAAAGACCAGUUUCAUGAAUGCAGAGUUGAUGGGCGAAUGCUGCAGCACCUGACUGUGAAUGAUCUACUCUUCCUAAAAGUCACCAGCCAACUACAUCAUCUCAGCAUCAAAUGUGCCAUUCACGUGCUGCAUGUCAACAAGUUCAACCCUCACUGUCUGCAUCGGCGGCCGGCUGAUGAGAGUAACCUUUCUCCUUCAGAAGUGGUGCAGUGGUCCAACCACAGGGUGAUGGAAUGGUUGCGGUCCGUGGACCUGGCGGAAUAUGCGCCCAACCUUCGUGGGAGUGGCGUCCACGGAGGUCUCAUUAUCCUGGAGCCACGCUUCACUGGGGACACCCUGGCCAUGCUUCUCAAUAUCCCACCACAAAAGACGCUCCUCAGACGCCACCUGACCACCAAAUUCAGUGCCUUGAUUGGCCCUGAGGCUGAGCAGGAGAAGCGCGAGAAAAUGACCUCACCUGCUUACACGCCACUGACCACCACAGCCAAAGUCCGGCCAAGGAAACUGGGAUUUUCACAUUUUGGAAACAUAAGAAAAAAGAAGUUUGACGAAUCAACAGACUACAUUUGCCCGAUGGAGCCCAGUGACAGUGUCGGUGACAGUCACAGGGUCUGCAGUGGCUACCGGGGUCUUAGCCCCCUCAGUGCCCCUGAACUGGAUGGGCUGGACCAGAUGGCACCUUCGGAAGGCACCGUGACGCAGAUAGGGCUCCUCUCCCAAGACAUUCGCCGCCUCACGACUCUGUUGAGCCAGGACCAGCUGCUGACCGACUCCCGCCUGACGGCUCCCAACUCUGAGGACUGGAGAUGACGCUCUUCGUGGCUGGCAGCCCAGAGAGGCACGUGUGGGGCCUGAGUCUGCUUCGAUGGGGAGCUGGCCCACAGCCACCCGCGCAACCCAGGCUGGGCUGCAGGGCAUCUCCAACGCGGGUGCUGACAGGACGAAGCAGGGCUGAGGGACAGAUGUCCAGGAGGUGGCUCACAUGUUCUCAACUGUGCUGUGCUCUUCACCACAGAUCCUGUACCUUUUGUACUUUUAUACAUGGACUGUAGGCCACUUUUGUGGGGAGGGCAGUGAGAUGCCAGCACAAGAUGCCAUGACUCACGCCAUCCCUGGUGACAGCCAGGGGCUCUUACACCAAAGGGAAGGGCUGUGAGUCAUAAACGCUUCUCUGGAAAAAAAAAUUCUGAAUGUUCUGAGCUGGGUGACAUGGUAGGAAGCCCCUCCCAGGCUGCUUCCAUACAGAGGCCUGUAUUGUAUUUCCAUGCCCAGGAAUCUGGCCAGAGUGACAGCAGGGACGGAGUAACGGACUCCCUUCCCACUGCCCUCGAGCUACCCUUGUCGAUAAUGGUGUCCCAGGUUCUCAGAGCUGUGGGCCUCCCAGCAGCUGAGCAGAGGGCCCUUCCAAGCCUUUCCCUCGUCAGCCUCAGCGGCAACUGUCUGAUCAAACAGCUCCCCCCAGAGGAAGGCCCCUGGGCACCCAAAUCAACAUUUCCACUGCAGCACAUCUCAGGUAUGUCCUACCUCAGGGAGAGGUACCUGCACACCAGCCACACAAUUCCCUCCCAACCAGCCUUCCCCCUUAGUGAUGGCCCUUCUUCCUCCCUAUGGCAACUCUAGCUCUGGCCUCAUCUUUCAUCUAAUUUCCACGGUGGGUCUCCUACUUGGUCCCUCAGCUUUUCUUUCCAGUUACUCCCCUCCAGGUGUUCUCUAUCCCAUCCCUAGAGGGACCUUCCCAAAGCACUGUUUCAUCCUGUUACCUGCUGAGAACUUCUUAGUUCCACAACUACCACAGAUUAGCGUUCAAAAGCCUUAGCACCCAAGACUCUUUUGAAUCUUCAGCAUUCAUGAACCUACUCUCUAGCCUGUGUUUCUGCCUUUCCCCCACCACGAAAUGUAUUUUUCUCCUAGUCCCUGUCACAAAGCUGGAUCCUGCUUGCUGAGGUCCAGAACAGCCUCUUUCAGGAAGCCUUCACUGGUGUUAGGGUUGGAGGUCUUUGCCCCACCGUGCUGUCUGACCUUGAGCCCGAACACUUCCUGGCUCACCUUGAAGUUGUGUGUCAUCUUUCUCCCCUUCCAUACCUACCCUCAACACGGACUCGCUGAGCACCUGCUGUGGAUGGGUUUCUGUACACACAGGAGUAAGACCCAAUCCUAGCCCUCAGGGGGCCCAGGAGAUCCAUGAUGCUAUGUUCCCC